AUGGACGGGGACGAGAUCAUUGCUUCGGUCUAUCGCAAGAUCGAGCGGGAAAAGGCCCUGAUCGCUGCGGCCAGUAAUAUGCGGCAGUCGACCGAUAACCCCCUAGUGCAACAGCGAGUCGAUGCCAACAUCCGCGAUGGCCGCAAGAACAUUGCCUACCUGGAGGAGAAGAUGCGAGAGCUGCAGAUCCGGCGAAUCGAGCAGGAUGGCGGCGGCUCGCCCACGGACCAGCGUCAUCCGCAAGGUCGCCCGCCAGGCCCCACCCCUCCCCCGAAAGAUUACCUCGGAUACUUUGCUGGCGAGCAGGGCGAACAUGGUGAUGCCCAGGGUCUUGCUCAGCGAGGUGCCGGCUCGAUGCCCUCGGGCCCUCCAUUCCCGGACCCGCGGCCCUAUGCCCCGGUCCCAAAGGCUAGGCCCAAUUACACAAAGCUGGAUUUGAUCAAAUAUGACACCGCGUAUCUCGGGCCGAAGAUUCAACUUAUGCUGUCUCAACUCGAGUUCAAGUUGAGUGUCGAGAAACAAUACAAGGCGGGUAUCGAGAAGAUGGUCCGUUUGUACCAGGACGAAGGCGACCGAAAGAGUCGCGCGGAUGCCGAGGGCCGUCGCAUUGAGAGCAACCAGAAGAUCCAGCUGCUGAAGCAGGCUUUGAAGCGCUAUGAGGAUCUUCAUGUGGAUAUCGAGCCGACCGAAACCCCAGAUGAUGAUAGUCUGAGCAGCCCUAACCUGCGCAAGCCGUUGACCGGUCUUUUGACCAUGCGCAUCCACGCCGUUAAGGAUGUUGACCAUGCCGCGAGUUCACGAUUCUCUCGCGGCCCCGAGACAUUUGUCAUUGUCAAAGUGGAAGACACUGUCAAGGCGAGGACAAAGGCCACUCGGAUUGAUAAGUGGCUGGACGAAGCAUUCUCAAUCGAUAUUGACAAGGCGAACGAGAUUGAACUCACUGUUUACGACAAAUCGGGAGACCGCCCGACCCCUAUCGGUAUGCUGUGGGUGCGCAUCUCCGAAAUCGCAGAGGAAAUGCGUCGCAAGAAGAUUGAGACGGAACUCAACACCUCGGGAUGGGUAUCGGCAGAUAAGAUGGACAAGUCGGGCAUGCCGCGACAUGAUCAGUCAGGUUCUCCCAUGGGCUCUUCUCAUGGCCCCGGAUCGGGACGACCGGGCGCCUCGGGACAACACCAUGGAGAGGGCUCGAAUGCUCCGCCGUCUGUGAUGAUCGAUUCCUGGUUUGCCUUGGAGCCAGUCGGCCGGAUCCAUCUCUCCAUGAGCUUCGCCAAGCAACUGAAGGACCGCCGCCCCUUCGACAUUGGUCUCAACCGCCAAGGUGCUGUGCGGCAGAAGAAGGAGGAGGUUCACGAAAAGCAGGGCCACAAGUUCGUCACGCAACAGUUCUACAACAUUAUGCGCUGUGCGCUGUGUGGAGAGUUCCUCAAGUAUGCUGCCGGAAUGCAGUGUGCGGAUUGCAAAUACACCUGCCACCGCAAGUGUUAUCAGAAGGUGGUCACCAAGUGUAUCAGCAAGGCCAACUACGAGACCGACCCCGACGAGGAGAAGAUCAACCACCGCAUCCCUCAUCGCUUCGAGGGCUUCUCCAACAUCUCCGCAAACUGGUGCUGCCACUGCGGGUAUCUUCUGCCUUUCGGACGCAAAAACGCCAAGCGAUGUACCGAAUGUGGCCUUACCUGCCACGCUCACUGUACUCAUCUUGUGCCUGAUUUCUGCGGCAUGUCGAUGGAAGCGGCGAACCAGAUCCUGGAGACCUUGAUCCGCGCCAAGAAUCAUAACAAGUCUACCUCUGUCAGUUCCGGUCUCAGUGGCCGUACCCUCCGGCCAGGCGGUGCGCCGCAACCCCCUCAAGACCAUGCCGCCCUUUCAUACCCUCAGAAACCCGCCGAGGGCCCCUACGGCGCAAUGCACAGACAAGCCUCGGCCGAAGCGGUAAGCGCUGCGACUAACUCCUAUAUGACUCCACAGUCACCAACGACUGCUGCACAGGCUGCACCGCGCCCACAGAUCCCCCCGAAAUCCCCCACCAGCUCGGGACCUGCCGCCGCCGCGGCCGCCGCGGCCACUGGGUUGCGCACUCCCCAGCAAACACCAAGUAUGUCCUCUCAUCCAGCUCCGAAAUGA